AUUUUCAGAUUAUUAGUGUCACCCUGAUGUUCAGCUACUAGUAUCUGCUUCUUCGACUUAAAUACCCUCCGAUGCCCGCUCGUUCUGCAUUCUGUAAGCCAUCUAAUUCCCAUCAAUAACCCGAUCCAAGCAACCGCUCCGAAUCCGACCAAUAUGAAGGCCACCAUCUUGUUUACCAUCGCCACCCUGUUCUCAACUUCCAUAGCAACAGCUAGCGGUGGCGACUGUGUAACUAGCUGUCUCAUGAAAGCCGACAAUGCCUCGGGCUGCAACAUGGAUGUACAGUGUGCCUGCAACAGCCAGAAGUUCAAGGACACCGGUCUCAGCUGUGUCCAGUCCUGCGGAAUUAGUGAGGAGGAAGCCAACUCUCAAAUUAAUAAGUACAGAUCCCAGUUCUGUAGCUAGAGGGCGAAGUCCGGGUUACCUUGACGGUCCUGCGGACCGUAAUAUGCCACAGCACAGAAAAUCAAUUAAGUCUAGUCAGAAUUAUAUCCAUUAAAUACCUCUUCAUCUUGACAGGUGCGUGCAUUGUGUCCAGGCUUGCUACAACUACCACAACAUUGUUUCCUUGGUUUCACAUGCUUCAAACUAUCAUCCUUCAUAUGGAUUUCCUCAGUUAUCUGGCGACCUAUAUCUCCUUGAUCCAGUAUACCUUUGCCAGACUGCAGACUUAGUAUUCCUCCAUGCUGUAUAUGUUGUCUUUCCCCUCUGGCGCUUGCUUAGUGUAUGAUUUGCAUUUUCAAGUGUUGUAACUUGGUCCUUGAGGAAAGCUGUCACGGCGCUCUACUAGGAUAAUGGAGCAUCCAACUCAUGGAUUCUACCUAGGUAGCUAUCAACAAGAAUAAUAAACAUGGAAAGAAGGGGACCG